AUGUCGAGAUUUGGUUUAGUUGUUCUUUGUUUGGCUUUGGGAGUUGGUGCUCAAAGCUUCGGAAAUCAACAACAAGGAAGCUUCGGUGGAAACAACCAACAAUCUAGUGGAAACUUCGGAAACGGAAACAAUCAAGGAUUCCAACCAACUGGAUCGCCACCACCUCCACCACCAAGAGAUUCGACAGGUCAACCAGGAGGCCAACAACAACAACAACAACAAGGAGUUACCUCAUCUGGAUUCUGGUCAAGACUCUUCGGAAGCAGCAGCAACAACAAUAACCAACAACAACAACAACAAGAAUCCUCCAGAUUCGGAAGACAAGCCGGAUUCAGACCAACUGGAAGCCCACCAACCGGAUUCCCAGGACCACAUGGAAGACCAACAGGAUCUCCACCAACUGGAAGUCCACCAACCGGAUUCCCACCAAGAGGAGGAUUCCCAGGAGGCCGCGGAGGACCAAGAGACUUCACCGGAAGCCCACCAACUGGAAAUCCACCAACCGGAUUCCCAGGACCACACGGAAGACCAACUGGAUCUCCACCAACUGGAAGCCCACCAACUGGACGACCAUUAGCUUUCUAA